UCAUCAUUUGAAUCUGUCAUAAUGACAUCAUUAUCUUCAUUAAGUUCAGAGGAGGAUGUUUGGUCUUUAUUAGAUUUGGAUGUGGAGGUUUGGUUAGUAGUAUCCUUGGAUUGUUGUGAGGUAGAAGAUUUGGAUAGACUGGUAGUGCCAGAGUAG